CUGAGCAGAUCGUACGUUCAAAGUUACAGCGGCAAAAAGUGAGGCAGGAACUAUCCAGUGAGAGAGAGAGUCACAUUCGAGAAGUCACAGGAUUUCACGAGGUCACAAUUGUCAGUGGCAGUUUCCUCCCAGGAAAACGUUGUCCGCAGAAAUCUUCUAACAUUCUGCACUCUUUGUCAAGGCAAAGAUGACAGCUUCCAGAGGGGCUGUUCUUCACACCCUCUGCAUUCUGGUCCUCAUGUCUCAGUUGGGCUCCUGCACCGAGGUGGCGCCGAGCGGGGUCCCGAGCAGCACGGCGGACUACACGGAUCCUUGGAGCGACAACAGCGAGACUGUCGACUACAGUGACUUCGUUCAGCAAUGCCAGAAGGAGGAUGUGCGCUCGUUCCGCAGGACCUUCCUGCCCGCCGUCUACACGCUGGUGUGCCUGCUGGGGCUGCUGGGCAACGGGCUGGUGGUGCUCACCUACCUGUACUACAAGCGGCUGCGGACCAUGACCGACGUGUACCUGCUGAACCUGGCCCUGGCCGACCUGCUGUUCCUACUCACGCUGCCCUUCUGGGCGGUGAGUGUGGUGCGCCAGUGGCUGUUCGGCCGCGCCAUGUGUAAGGCGGUGCACGGCCUCUACCGCCUGAGCUUCAUCAGCGGUAUGCUGCUGCUCAUGUGUAUCAGCAUCGAUCGCUACUUCUCCAUCGUCAGGGCGGCCUCGGCUCACCGCCUCCGCUCCAGGGCCGUCUACUGCAGCAAGCUGGUGUCCGUGGGGGUCUGGCUCUUCUCCGCCGUCUUCUCCGUGCCCGAGCUGAUCUACAGCGACGAGCAGACGGUGGAGGACACGGUGCGCUGCAGGAUGAACCAGGACAACACCACCUUCAUCUACACCACCAGCCUGCAGCUCUCCUUCGGCUUUCUCCUGCCGCUGCUGGUGAUGACCUUCUGCUACUGCGUGGUGGUGCGGACGCUGCUGCUCGCCAGGAACUUUGAGAAGAACAAGGCCAUCAAGGUGAUCAUCGCCGUGGUGCUGGUCUUCCUGCUCUUCCAACUGCCGUACAAUAGCGUGUUGCUCAUCGACACCAUCGCCGACGUGAACGCCACCGUGACGGACUGCGCGCUCAGCAAACGCAUGACCAUGGCCCUGGACAUCAGCAAGAGCCUGGCCUACGUCCGCUGCUGCCUCAACCCUUUCCUCUACGCCUUCAUCGGCGUCAAGUUCCGCAACGACCUGCUCAAACUGCUGAAGGAACUGGGCUGCGUGAGCAGCGAAAAGCUGCUGAAAUUGGCGACCAUGCGGCCCACGGCCAGCGGCGUGCGGACCACGGUGGUGACCGACACCGACAGUACCACCACCUACUCCCCGUGAGGCGUCCUCACACCCCCGGGCCCGGGCCCGUCCUCGGCCAACGGGGGCCACCCAAACUCAACGGGAAGCGAGCGAGCUGCUGUUCCUCUGGCACUAACACCCCCUCCUCCUCAUAACCCUCCCUCCUCCUCAUAACCCUCCCCGCCCCCUCACCUCCCCAUAACCGUCCCCACCUCCCCAUAAUCCCACAUGCCCAUAACCCACCUUCCUCCCCAUAAACCCCCCUCCUCUCCAUUGCCCACCUCACCUCCCCAUUACCCUCCCCAUCACCGCCACCU